CGCAUUGCCCGCUCUUCACUAUGGACUCUUUGGCUCUGUUUUGUACAGCUUCUCUUGUCGCCGGCGGUGUGUACUGGUUCGUCUUCCUCCUUGGCGCUGCCGAGCGUAAAGGCAAACGAGCCGUACACCUCUCUGGCGGCUCCAUCUCCGGAGACAAAGUCCGGGAUAAUUACAAGCAAUACUGGUCAUUCUUCCGCCGUCCUAAGGAGAUCGAGACCGCCGAUAAAGUUCCGGCGUUCGUCGACACUUUCUACAACCUCGUCACUGACAUUUAUGAGUGGGGCUGGGGCCAGUCGUUCCACUUCUCGCCGUCCGUGGCCGGGAAGUCGCACCGAGAUGCCACGCGCGUCCACGAAGAGAUGGCUGCAGAUCUACUCGGAAUCCGAGCUGGAGAUCGGGUACUCGACGCAGGAUGCGGCGUCGGCGGGCCGAUGCGAGCCAUCGCGAGGCACUCCGGUGCUAAUGUAGUUGGAAUCACGAUCAAUGAGUACCAGGUGAACCGCGCUCACUUACACAACAAGAAAGCUGGUCUCGAAUCGCAAUGCGAGGUGGUAUGCGGUAACUUUCUCGAAAUGCCGUUCCCGGAUAACUCUUUCGACGGCGCCUACUCGAUCGAAGCGACGUGCCACGCGCCGAAGCUCGAAGAGGUUUACAGCGAGAUUUUUAGGGUUUUGAAGCCUGGGUCAAUGUAUGUCUCAUAUGAAUGGGUAACUACUGAAUUGUACAGAGAAGAUGAUGCAGAGCAUGUGGAGAUCAUACAGGGAAUUGAGAGGGGUGAUGCAUUGCCUGGACUAAGGAGUUACAGAGACAUUGUAGAAAUUGCGCGAAAAGUCGGGUUUGAGGUGGUGAAAGAGAAGGAUUUGGCGAAGCCUCCGGCAGGGCCGUGGUGGGCUAGGUUGAAGAUGGGGAGAAUUGCGUAUUGGAGGAACCAUAUACUGGUAACAGUGCUGGGUUGGUUGGGGAUUGCUCCGAAAGGGGUUGUUGAUGUGCAUGAGAUGCUGUUCAAGACUGCUGAUUAUUUGACUAGAGGUGGAGAGACUGGGAUUUUCACUCCUAUGCACAUGAUCCUCUGUAGAAAACCCGAAUCAUAGUGUGCCUAUUCGAGUUGGGCAUCACGGAGGUGCUCUUCGAUGUGCUUUCCCUCUAUUUCAUUGGUUCAUUGUUGUUGCAAUUUGGCUUUGGUCAUCAUUGUUUUAAGUUUUUACUUGUGAUUUAUUUUUCGUUUAGUAAUUGCGGUAGGUAUGUGUGUUAGGGAGGGUUUUGGGCAUUGAAGUAGUUGGGUUCAUCUCUAAUUAUAGAAAGGUACUUCGGAAUUGUCCUCUAACCUAUCUAAUAAAUUCAAUUGAUUUGGUCAAUUUCUUUUGUGUUUUA